CUUCUCCUCCUCCGACUCCUCCUUUCCUAUACCUUUACUUCUUUUCCUAUUACACUUUUCCUGCUCGUCUCCUCCUUAUACUCCUCCUUUUCCUCUCCUAUUCCUCCUCUCCUAUUCCUUUCCCCCUGUUUCUGUCUCUCUCCUCCUUCUGUUCUUUUCCUCCUCCUGCUGUUCCUCUCCUCUUCCUGUUUUUCUCCUCCUCCUCUUAUUCCUGUUCUUCUCCUCCUCCCAUUCCUCCCCUCCCUCUCCCGUUCCUCUCCUCCCUGUUCCUGCCUUGCCCCUCGUGUUCCUCCUCUCCUCCUGUUCCACCUCAUCUCUUCCUCUUAUCCGUCCUCUCCUCCUCAUCCUUCUCCAUUCCUCCUCCUCUCCUCUCGCUGUUCCUCCCGUUUCCAUCAUAUUCCUGCUCUCCCUGCCCUGUUCCUGCUCUGUUUGCAGACAGACAGACAGACAGACAUGCCGUGGCUCUCACACGUGUAACAAAACAAGACUCCUCCCCAAGACUUUGUGCCAGAUUUUUGUAUGUUUCCAUCAUUUCCUGAAAGCUUUAAUUCAUAUGGGAAGUGGUUUGUGAAAGCAGCCAAACUCUGCUCUUUCCCUGCGUGUUCUUACAUGGCAGAAUAUUGUGUAAAAAGCUGUGGAUUUAAUUUUUUUUUCUUUGACCUCAUCUGAGUUUGGAUUCUUUGGCUGAGCUUUGCAGCUUGUUUGCCCCAAGGCUUCCUGUGAUCCUGGUUCUGGUUGCAGCAGGGCUCUCCCCUCUGCCUCAAACACAGUGUGUGCUGUGCUGUGGUUUCCCUCCCCUCCCUUUCCUCUGGAAUUUAUACUUUGGUAAAAUUACUGGGUAGGAAAAGUGACUUUUGCAGGAAGGCAGAGCCAGCAGGGCAGGUUAAUGUUAAACACAACAUUUGUACUGAUUUAUGGCCAAACCCAACCAGAUUUCUCAUCCAAGGACCCUUUGCUCCAUGUCCUGCUGGCUCUGGGUUGGGAAAUGCUGCCAGAGAUGCCCUGGUGGUCCCUGAGCCUCUGAGCAGCUCCUGGGAAAUCUCUAAAUCUCCUCCCCAGGAAUUCCCCAGGGUUUGGCAACACUCUGCAAACUCUGACCCUGCCUGGGCUUUUUGGGAUCAGGGAAGGGUUUUGCAAGGGGAUUGCAGCAGAAAUCUCCUGUGUCAGGGCACGUUGGCUGAGACACUCUCACACUCUGGUCACCUUUCAGGGAGAGAUGGGGAAAUUUAUGGGAAGUUGGGCAAACAUUGGCUAAUAAGGGAGGAAAAGUGCCCCAUGGCACGUGCUGGGGAGGAGCUGGGUUGGCAGAGCUGCAGUUUAAUCCUGCACUCCCUGAGUUUGUGCUGUGCUGGGGCUGCACAGAGGGUGCAGAAAGCAGGCACAGGAGGGACCUGGAGCUGCUGCAGAGCCCAGGGGAGGCACCAGCAUGGGCAGAGGGAUGGAGCAGCUCUGCUGGGAGGAAAGGCUGGCACAGCUGGGGCUGGAAGAAGGGUCUAUGGGGAGACCUCACAGCUCCUUCCAGGGCUGCAAGAAAAUUUGAGAGGGAUUUCAUCAGGAGUGGAGUGGCAGGACACAGGGAAUGGGUUCCCAGUGCCAGAGGGCAGGGCUGGAUGGGAUAUUGGGAAUUAGGAAUUGUUCCCUGGCAGGGUGGGCAGGCCCUGGCACAGCUGUGGCUGCCCCUGGAUCCCUGGCAGUGCCCAAGGCCAGGCUGGAUGGGAUUGGAGCAGCCUGGGGUGUUGGAAGGUGUCCCUGCCAUGGCAGGGGGUGGGAAUGGAUGGGCUUUCAGGUCUCUUCCCACCCAAAGUGUUCUGGGAUCAGAAUCUCCUGGCAAGCUGUAGGGAAUGAAGCCCAAAGCAGCAGGAAGGGGGUAGGUGGGGAACAGCCUUGUGAGGGGAAAUUUAAAAUCACCUGCAGAUUGCUCCAGGUUGGGAAGGAGCAGAACCAAAGAUUAUCAUUCAGUGAGCACUGAAGCACUGGAAAUAUGACUGAGGGAAAAAUUUACUUGUCUAAAAUAAAUUAAUUUUAAAUUUGUGUAGGUCCCAAGCCCAAAAGCUCAUCCAGUUACUGCUCCCUAGCCCACGGUCCUUUUCAUCCCCUCAUCCUCUAUUGGCUUUUGGAUUCCUGAGUGGAUUUUCCUGCCCCCUGUGAGCACUGGGCCCAGAUAGGAUAUCUUGGCUCAUCUCUUGGCCUGCCAGUGUUGUUUGCACUUGCCUGAAGAAGGUGAUGCCCCACAGUGCAAGGUCUGUGCUGUGCAAUCCAUGGGAGGAGGUGGAACAUCCCUCCCAGUUCUGGGGUCUGGAUAAGGGACUGCAAGCUCAGGACACUGGGGCUGUGUAAAUAUCCCUGGCUGGGUUUCACUGUAGCAUGUGUGCCUGUUCUUUUGAGUGGGGGUGAAGAAAUCAGUCUGAUGUUGGUUCAAAAAGCAGAUUUAAAGGAUGGUGCUGUGCAGCUGCACGAUGGAAGGAUGCUUGGAGCUCCCUCCAUUGUGUCCCCUGGGUGAUUGGGCCAGGCCUGCAUGUUGGAGAGGAUGGAAGUGCCUGAGCCUUGCAAGGAGGAGGAGGAAGGGGAAGGUGAAUUUGUCCCCCCAGUAACUGAGGCAGGAUGGGUUUCACAGCUGCUCCCAGCCCCCAGGCAGUGACAGGAGAACAAAGCACCUGAGUGAGGAGCUGGCAGCCAGCAGUGCUGCAGCUCUGUCCCCAGAAGGGGAGUGUCCCCAUGGGGUUGGCAGCCCAGAGAGUUGUUUUCUAAGCUCUCUAAAGAUAUGGCAUUGUCACAUCACUUCCCCAGCACUGUAGGCUCUGAAAAGCAGGAGACAAAGAAGAAUAAUAGACUUUAUAAUGUGCUAGAGGACACAUUUGGACAUGGUUUGCUGUCAAGGACAGAUGGAAGGGAACAGAGGACAGGGAGACACUGCUUUGCUGAUCUGCUGUGGCUCCUGGACUGUCUGUCUGGGUGGUGCUGGGGUUUUUGUGGAGGUUGUGUGUGUUGGGAGCAGCAGAACAUCUUCAGGAGUGGCCCUCACACCUGGGUGGGAAGCAGCAGGAGCUAAGAGAUUACCUGGCAGGAAAGUUCUGCUUGAGUCACUCAACAAGAACGAGCAGUCAGCCAAUGGGCAGUCCCAGCCCCGGGAAUGCACCAACCCUCAGUUCAGGAAAAUGAGUGGAGAUUUCCCAUCAGCCAACGGAGAGGCUGGGGGGGAGCCCCCCAAGGGCUACACUCAGGACCAGCUGGAUGCAGUGAAGAGGGUAAAGCAGUGCAAAGAUUACUAUGAAAUUCUGGGAGUCAGCAGAGAAGCUUCUGAUGAGGAUCUGAAAAAAGCCUACAGGAAACUGGCCCUGAAGUUCCACCCGGACAAGAACCACGCACCAGGGGCCACAGAGGCAUUCAAAGCCAUCGGGAACGCGUACGCCGUGCUGAGCAGCCCCGAGAAGAGGAAGCAGUACGACCAGUUCGGGGACGAGAAGCUCGGCGCCGCCCGCCACGGCCACGGCCACGCCGACUUCCACCGCGGCUUCGAGGCUGACAUCUCCCCCGAGGACCUCUUCAACAUGUUCUUUGGGGGUGGCUUCCCUUCCAGCAAUGUGCACGUGUACAGCAAUGGCAGGAUGAGGUACACCUACCACCAGAGGCAGGACAGGAGGGAGCACCAGGGGGAUGGUGGCCUGGGGCUGUUUGUCCAGCUGAUGCCCAUCCUUAUCCUCAUCAUCGUGUCAGCUCUCAGCCAGAUGAUGGUCUCCAGCCCACCCUACAGUUUGAGCCACAGGCUGUCUGUGGGUCACACACACAGAAGGGUCACAGAGCACUUGAAAGUCCCCUACUACGUGUCCGAGAGCUUUGCUGAGGAGUACACGGGCACGAACCUGAAGAACGUGGAGCGGAGCGUGGAGGACGACUACAUAGCAAACCUUAGGAACAACUGCUGGAGGGAGAAGCAGCAGAAGGAAGGCUUGUUGUACCGCGCACGCUACUUCGGGGACUCGGACCUGUACCAGCGGGCACAGAAGAUGGGCACCCCCAGCUGUAGCAGACUGUCAGACGUCCAGGCCUCCCUGCACGGAUAGUGCCAGCCCAAGUACGAGCUGGGAGCAGGGAACCCCAGUGCUUUGAUCACUGGGAGCCCUGAGUGAGACACAGCCCUCCAGGAGUGUCCUCGGGGUGCACGCCGCAGCCUCCCCUCCGACGGCGCUCCGCGUUAAUCAGGAAUCGAUCGGGUUUAGUUUGCAUGUCGGCACCCCCGGCUCUCUCCAGGCUCCCUCUUUUCUCUGGCCUCUAGGAGCAGGGCACAAUCCCUUGGUGAGGUUGGGAGUUUCUUAGGUGCUGUGGCAUCCAGCCCCCACAUUUUAAUGAGCCCUUGGUUUUGGUUGCUUUGUUGUCUGUUUUGCUGGGAAAGCUGUUGGCCCUGGCACGUGACAGGGAAUGAAGUCCCACCCAACAGAUGUUCCUUGUCCCCCCUCCUGUUGCCUUCCCGUUCAAGGAGAACAAAGCAAAUAUUCCCAGCAGGUUGUAGAAGUAACUUACUGGGUUAAACUGGCAAUCAAAGUAAGAGCAGCUGGGGGGAGGUCUGGAAGAUUUGGGGGUUGGAGAGCUUGGAUUAAGGAGAGCCUGGAUAACACAUGUGAGAUCAGAUGUGCUGGGAGAACUGCACCAAAAUAACGAAAAAAAAUUGCCACGGGGUUUGGAGUCCUUUUUCUGCAUAAAUUUUUGGGCUGAUUUCACCUACCAGGUACUGCUGGGCUGCCUGUGAAGUGUGCAGAUCCCCAAAAUUGUCCGAGCACAGGAUUUCUGUAGAAAAACUCCUGGGUGAAGCUUGUUCCAGGUGUUGUAUGGACACCGUUCCAGCUCACAGGGACUCCUUGAGGAUGCUGGCUGCUGAGCUGCUUGAUUUGCACUUUUGGGGGUUGUUUUCCUCAGCAUCUGAAAGUUUGGCCUUUAAAGCAAAUCCUUUGGGGCACAUUGGGCUUUUCCUUGGGUGUAUCCUGGUUUUGGAUCCGUUCCCACCUUGAUCCUCCCGCUCUCUCCUUUGGAUGACUGCGCCUCUUCUGGUGUUAAUUACCUGCUUUUCUUUAAUUCCCUCCCUGCACCCGUGGUCUGGAAGGAGCCUGGAAAAGCUGCUGCCUGUGCUGUGGGGUGGGAAGCGAGGGGGAGUCCCAGGCUGGCCUCAGACUGACACCGCUGCCGCUUUUGUUCCCAGAGCGUCCAAACGCCCGAAGACUUUGGGGAAGCGCACUGAGCCGAGGUGACAGACUCUGCUCUUUAAAAAGAAUCAAACCUUAUCUUAAACAUGGAAUUGGAGAUUUAGCAACGCACAACUGCCCCUCUUUCUUCUCUCUGCCUCUCUCUGGCGAUGGCAGGCAGCGCUUGGGACAGGAAAUCCAGCUCUCCUGUCUUCCUCCUCCCCUCCCAACGCUGCUGGCGUGCUCCCAGGAUCCCACAAGGAUCCCACACCCCCUGGAACAGACACACAGAGUGUAAAAUAACCCAAACUAACUGCAGAAGCCUGAAGCAGGAGACCCUUCGCUGCUGCCAAUGGAGAGAGAAGUGGGAUUUGUUGAUAAAAGAAGACACUAAAGAAAAGAAAAUAUAAUCUAUUUAGCAUUAAUUUAUAGCUGUAUAUAUGUUGUACUUUUAAACUAUGCAGGGGUUGGAUGAUUAAAUUAUUUUGGUUUCUGCCCAUUUUGGGGAGCAGGGCAGCAGGAAGCCUCUUCCAGCGUCUCUGUCCACAGCACUUUCCUGCCUGGAAAACAGGAAUCCCUUUGCAGCUGCUGUCCUUUGCUCCUGGGAGGACAUUCUGUGGAUGGGGACAUGCACACACCUGCUCUUGGGGUUCUGAUCCCAGCAAACCCCAAAGGUGCAGGGCUCCCAGAGAAGGGGGAGCCCGUGGCAGAGCCGUGGAUCUGCAGCGUCGGCGGAGCCGGGGUCAGCUGAGCCGCUCACCAGGGAAGGAUUGUCCUGGAUGGAUUUUGCUCGUCAGUCUUUGGUUGAUUUGUGCAUGUAACUCCUUUUUCUGCCGAGUCUGCUGGAAUUGUGCCUGGUAAUCAGCGUGCUCCGUGCAGAGAGGGCUUUCCAACAGCCCUUUGUUGGGAGGUUUUGUGCUCGUCCCUCCAGGCGGGUGCAGCCAGCCCUGCCCUCACACCCCACCUCGUGUUUCCUGCAGGACACCUGGAAAAGGCCACAGAUCCAUAAGGAACAAAGCAUUCUGCUGGGGGAGAUCAGGGGCUGUCUGAUCUGCCCUGUGCCUGCCCCACCACGGGCAGGAGCAGCGUGAGCUGCCCCAGGUGAGGAGCCAUCUCUUGGAAGCAAAGCCAGCACGAGCAGAGCCACCUCCCAUGGAAUAAACUGGAUUAUUUAAAUUUUUGGGUUUUUUUUUUUUUUGCUGCUCUGCAGCUCAUUUGUGUCUAAAGACAUUUCCAGUGCAAACCAUCCCCUGGCACAGUCAGGGGAGUGAGCUGGGAGCACAGCAGCUCCCGGGUGGGCUGGCAGAGGAGGUUUUAUCCCGUUGUCCUUAGGAAUCCAUGCGCUCUGUCUUGGCUGUUUAUUUGUUUUGUGAAAUCUCAGCCUCCCCUUGGCUGCAGGCCCUGUUAUCCCACAGCCACCAUGGCUUGGACCUGAUUUUAAGAGGUUUUAUUAUUUUUUUUUUUUUAAUGGUUCCUCCACCUUCAGAAGAAAUUGGGUGGAAGUUCAGGAUUGGAAAUGGCGCUCGAUAGAGGCACAGGGAUGAUGGGGACGAGGUGAAACCAAAAUCCUGCUCACAGAAGGAGCUGGAUGUGUUGCCCAGUGCCAUUCCCUGCCUGGAGCCUGCCUGCCAAAACCUUCAGGUUCUUUUUCCUGGUAGAUGCCCACGGAUCACAAGGAGGGAGAAGGCAUCGCUCCCAGUGGAUGCUCACAGAGGCUGUAUCUCUUGAUUUAGUUAAUUAUACAAUUGUACAUCUAUAAAUAAAUGUUUAUAAUGUGAAAGGC